UUCUGGACGCCUAUUACAGUAUUCAUUUAUGCAAAUUCUGGAAGGUAUAAUUGAAACAAGGUCAGUAGUGUUUGUCAGUGUGUCGCAGCUGAGAUCCUUGGAACAUAAGUGCUUUUUUCUGACUGCAAGCAAUCAACGACGGUCCAGAAACUACAGUUCAAGGAAUGGCUGACUUAUUUCAAGAGGUACUUUCUUUUCAAAUGCUAGUCUCUUGUAGAAAUUAGGACAAAGACUGUAACUUUUAUGGGCUUUUACUGUUGUGAUGUACCGGCUCUGGGUUCUGUGCUGCUGCCUGUAGCCUUUCUGCUGAAGGAUCUUUGCGGGUUUCAUUUGCUAACAUGCGUGGAAAUGAGAACAAAUGGCACGCCGCUUAAGAUUGCAUUUUGCUACCCAAAGAAGCAACACAGAUCCGUUAUCAGAAACCUCUGAAGAUUUUUUGGAUAGUAAUAAUUGUAUGUACUUCAAAAAAUCUCAGGGUUCUGCACCUAGCAUUACACAAGUGAAACUAACUCCUAGACAAGCUGCUUAUGCACCUGUAGUGCAACAAGUAAUUAAUCAAGAGAAAAGCACAACUGUUUCUUCACUGCAAAUAAAAAAGAGCAGUUCUCUGCACAUUUCCUUGCAGUCUAGGAAGCAGAGUGGAUGUUCUCAUUUUGGUGAUGCUGUGGCUGCUGGUGAAGACACUUCAUUCCUUGGUAUUGGUAGUGAAGGGAGCUGUGGCACUGGAACUGUGGCUGAUCAUCGAUCUAAUGACAGCUUUCUGAGCAAUGCUGCUCUGGGCAGAGGCAGCCUCAGCAGCAUUGCAGCUAGUGACAGUGGCUCGUUCAGCAGUGCUGGCAGUGACUAUGGAUCAUGUGCAAGUACCACAAGUGAUGGAGGUUCAUAUAGUAACAGUGUCAUCAGUGACAGUGGCACUCUUUGGACAAGUGACAGUACUUUCUGUAGUAGUGUUGCACAUGGUGACUCUUCGUAUAGAAGCACUGCAAACAAAUGUAAUCCCUCCAGGAGCAACUCAUCUCAGGAAACACUGUAUAGAGGUAAUACUACUUUUGACCAAGAUGCUUUGUCAGUGAGGAAGAAGACUAAAAUUCCAUUGCGACGUUGUUCAUCACUGGUUAUUUUUCCUAGGAGUCCUUCCAGUACUCCUCCAGCUUCUCCAGUAAACUCAGGUCAGCUACCACACAGAGGCACCUAUCAAACAUCUCAUAAAUUAAUUAUUUCUCCUAGUGAGCUGGCACAAAAGGAAGAUCGGACCAUUUCCAAGGGAUUCCUUUCAACAGCGGUCAAUGGACUUAGACUUUCUAAAACGGCUUGCUCUUCCGGCGAGGUCAGAGAUGUCCGACCGCUUUAUUUGAAUGCAUCAUUACAGGAUAAAAGUCAAAUUUUGAAUGGUCCUCAGCAGGCAACCUGUGAAGAAGUACCUGAUGGCUUCUCAUGUGUUUCAGUUCAUCUUACACAAAGACCAUUUGCAUCAAACAGUGAAGUGGUUAAACGCUCUUGCAGUCCAGAGUUAAAUCUGAAUUCUGGUGCAAAAUGCCCUCAUUUAAAACUGGAGCGUAGCACAUCUGCAUGUCUGCCCUCAAAACCAGAUUCAGAAUAUCAGAUCAGUAUAAAUGAACUAGGAAGACCGAAUGCACAGAUGAACAAAACUCAGCAUAUUUUGCAAAGAAGUGUUUCCUUGGAAGGAUCACGUCAAAAAGUCUCUUGCUGCUUAUCCAGCCUUAAAUACAAGUGUCACAGUGCAAGGACGUCUCAGUUGCACAUACAGUUCAAAGCUGGGAAUGAAGGAAAAACAACUGGUGUUAGGAAGAGAUAUGGAACCUCUAAAAGGGAAAUGCCUGGCACUUUGUGGAGGCCCCAUAAGACACGAGAUGAUUUUCUUGGACAAGUGGAUAUUCCUCUUUAUCAGUUACCGACAGAAAAUCCAAGUAUGGAGAGACCAUAUACAUUUAAGGAUUUUGUUCUUCAUCCAAGAAGCCAUAAAUCAAGAGUUAAAGGCCACCUUAGAUUAAAAAUGACCUACUUACCUAAAAACAAUGGAUCUGAAGAAGAAACCACAGAGCAGGCUGAAGAAUUAGAGCCUGGAUGGAUUAUAUUGGACCAACCAGAGGCUGCUAGCCAGCCACAACAGCAGCAGCAGGAAUCUCCUCCACUGCCCCCAGGCUGGGAGGAAAGACAGGACAUCCUCGGCAGGACCUACUAUGUCAAUCAUGAAUUCAGAAGAACACAGUGGAAAAGACCGACUGCACAGGACAGCGUGGCUGUUGCAGAUCUUGGCAGUGUGCAGCUGGAGGCCCAGCACGUGUUCACUCACCGGCGACAGAUAUCAGAGGAUACAGAAAACACAGACAACAGAGAUUCCCCCGAGAGCUGGGAAAUUAUAACUGAAGAUGAGGCAACAAUGUACAGCAGUCAGAACGUUCCAGUACCUCUCUCGCAGAGUAGCUGUGAUAUACAGAGUCAUCUUGCAGAAGAAUUGAGUAACAGACUUACUACCUCUGGAACUCCAGCUACUGGCCAGUCAAUAGCCUACACUAGCCAUUCCAGCAGAAGAGGUAGUCUGCAAACAUACAGACUUGAAGAGCAGCCUGCACAUCCAGUGUUACUGCCUACUUCAUCUGGAUUACCCCCAGGCUGGGAAGAACGACAAGAUGAAAAAGGAAGGUCAUAUUAUAUAGAUCACAAUUCUAGAACCACUACCUGGAUAAAACCAGUUGUACAGAUUGCUGUGGAACCAAGUCAAGUGUCAGCUGCACAAAGUAUUUCUACAGGAAGACAGCCACAAGCAACAUCAAGUGAUUCAUCACAACAGUCUUCUCAGCAGCAGCCUGAAAUGGAGCAAGGAUUUCUCCCUAAAGGCUGGGAAGUCCGACAUGCACCCAAUGGGAGACCAUUCUUUAUUGACCACAAUACUAAAACCACAACAUGGGAAGAUCCAAGACUGAAAAUUCCUGCUCAUCCGAGGAGGAAGACUUCCCUAGAUCCAGUUGACCUGGGCCCGUUACCACCAGGGUGGGAAGAGAGAACUCACACAGAUGGAAGAAUAUUCUUCAUAAACCACAAUACGAAGAGAACACAAUGGGAGGAUCCUCGACUGCAGAAUGUGGCAAUAACUGGACCAGCUGUGCCUUACUCCAGGGACUAUAAGCGGAAGUAUGAAUUCUUCAGAAAGAAAUUGAAGAAACAGAGUGAUAUUCCAAAUAGAUUUGAAAUGAAAAUUCAUCGCACAACAAUCCUUGAAGAUUCUUACAGAAGAAUUAUAGCUGUAAAGAGAGCAGAUUUCCUUAAAGCAAGACUUUGGAUUGAAUUUGAUGGUGAAAAAGGUUUAGACUACGGAGGAGUGGCCAGAGAAUGGUUCUUCCUUCUCUCUAAAGAAAUGUUUAAUCCUUAUUAUGGAUUGUUUGAAUAUUCAGCUACAGAUAACUAUACUCUGCAGAUCAAUCCGAACUCUGGACUCUGCAAUGAAGAUCAUCUCUCUUAUUUCAAGUUUAUAGGUCGUGUGGCUGGAAUGGCUGUUUACCAUGGCAAACUUUUGGAUGCCUUUUUUAUUCGUCCUUUUUACAAGAUGAUGCUCCAAAAACCAAUAACACUACAUGAUAUGGAGUCCGUGGAUAGUGAAUAUUACAAUUCUCUGAGAUGGAUUCUUGAAAAUGAUCCAACAGAACUGGACCUCAGAUUCAUAGUUGAUGAAGAACUUUUUGGUCAGACCCAUCAACAUGAACUGAAAAGUGGUGGAUCAGAAAUCGUUGUCACCAACAAGAACAAGAGAGACUACAUUCAUCUUGUAAUUCAGUGGAGAUUUGUGAGCCGAGUGCAGAAACAAAUGACAGCCUUUAAAGAGGGCUUUUUUGAACUAAUACCACAGGAUCUGAUUAAAAUUUUUGAUGAAAAUGAGCUAGAGUUAUUAAUGUGUGGAUUGGGAGAUGUGGACGUGGCUGAUUGGAAACUGCACACAAAAUACAAAAAUGGAUACAACAUAAACCAUCAAGUAAUACAGUGGUUCUGGAAGGCAGUCUUAAUGAUGGACUCUGAAAAGAGAAUAAGAUUGCUUCAGUUUGUUACUGGCACAUCACGUGUUCCCAUGAAUGGGUUUGCUGAGCUGUAUGGUUCAAAUGGACCACAGUUGUUCACAGUCGAACAGUGGGGUACCCCUGAAAAACUGCCAAGAGCUCAUACCUGCUUUAAUCGGUUGGAUUUGCCUCCAUAUGACUCGUUUGAAGAUUUAUGGGAUAAACUUCUUCUAGCGAUUGAAAACACUCAGGGUUUUGAUGGGGUCGAUUGAGACACAGACAAAAAUUAUGUUGGUCCAGUGCUGCAAUUUCAUUUUAAGGGUUUACAAAAAAAAUUGAAUUUUCCAGGGACUACCAUUGUAUUUAGUCACAUGGCUAUUGAAUCUUCAUAGUAUCACGUGUAAAAUGAUGAAGUAUUAAAAAUCACUAACUUUUGAAAAUGUA